AUGUUCGACAACUACAUCGUCAUAAUCUUCUUCAUCCUCAGCUCCAUCCUGGGCCACAAACUGCUCCAUCGCGUCAUCAAGACGCCAGCGCAGUACGAGAGGCCUGAGAUUAGGGAUGCUAGGGAUGCGAGGGCCAGGUUGCGGGCGUAG